CAUACUAUCGCGUGCGGACAUUAUUAUAAUCCUGAAGCAGUCACAGAUCGCCGAGGUGAAAGAGGGCGAUCUCAAGAACCCUAACCCGGACUUCGUUGCUGAUCUUUACACCCGCCUCCUCAUCCACCUCGAUGCUCUCCACGAAGAUGAGCAAGGGCAAGUUGAAUUCUCUGCUCUGGAGCAGCUUGAGAACCCGGACCUUCAUGUUGGCUCUGUUCAAGUUAUGAAUUUGUACAGCAGGAUUAGGGAUGUCGUGUCAUCUCUUGAUUGUCCAAUGCAAUUUAACCUUAAAGAUUUGAUAAAACCAGAUGCAACUCGAACUGAAUUUUUCAUCAGUGCAAUCGUCAAUUUUUGCCUUCACAAAGACACAAAAUUGAAUCUUCUAAGACCUCUUGUAGAGGAUCUAAACCAACUAGAUGAGAAGCGAAAGGAGUGGGAAGCCAAGAUUUGUCAGUUGAAUGCAGAGAUUGUGGGCUACAAUGAAGCUAGGGCAAGGGAGUUACCCAUUGUUCAAGAGGUGGAUGCCAAAGUUAAAGAAUUGCAUCAGACCAUUGCAGGCCUUAAUAGUCGCCAGAUGUCAUUAAAAGCCUUUUACCGGAACUUGAGGGAUAAGACAAAGGAAAUGGAAGAAAAGAGUGUCCAAGAAAAUGCAAAUUUACGUUCAAAAAUAGUUCAAUCACCAGAUAAGCUGCAGAGAGCUCUGGAGGAGAAGAAAGCAGCUCUAGAGGAAGCAAAAAAUGCUGAAAGAUCAGCUAUGCAAUCUUUUCAGGAGAAGACUGCCAUUCUUGAAGUUUAUACUGAGAUCUGAAUUUUGUUCAUGAUUUGGUUUAUGUCAUCAUCACAAAUAUCUAAUUUGGCACUUUAUCCAAGAAUAAAAAUAUAAAAAUAAAAGGGGAUGAUGAAU